AUUUUGGUUAAAAUAUUCAAAAUGGCGGACGGAGGAGCAGCGAGUCAAGAUGAGAGUUCGGCGGCGGCGGUGGCGGCAGCGGCAGCUGUAGGAGCUUAAAUGCUGUCCAGCAUCACCAGAUACUUGUGGCUGCAGUACUCUUCAGACUCAAGAAUGAACAAUCCGUCAGAAACCAGUAAACCAUCAAUGGAAAGUGGGGAUGGGAACACAGGCACGCAAACAAAUGGCCUGGACUUUCAAAAGCAGCCGGUGCCUGUCGGAGGAGCAAUCUCUACAGCCCAGGCCCAGGCCUUCCUCGGGCACCUUCAUCAGGUCCAGCUCGCUGGAACAAGUUUACAGGCUGCUGCUCAGUCCUUAAAUGUACAGUCUAAAUCUAAUGAAGAAUCUGGGGACUCUCAGCAGCCAAGCCAGCCUUCCCAGCAGCCUUCAGUGCAGGCGGCCAUACCCCAGACCCAGCUCAUGCUGGCCGGAGGACAGAUCACUGGGCUCACGUUGACGCCAGCCCAGCAACAGUUAUUGCUACAACAGGCGCAGGCACAGUUGCUGGCAGCUGCAGUGCAGCAUUCAGCCAGUCAGCAGCACAGCGCUGCUGGUGCCACCAUCUCGGCCUCUGCUGCAACGCCGAUGACGCAGAUCCCUCUAUCUCAGCCAAUACAGAUUGCACAGGAUUUGCAGCACUUGCAGCAGCUUCAGCAGCAGAAUCUCAACCUGCAACAGUUUGUGUUGGUGCAUCCAACAACCAACUUGCAGCCAGCACAGUUCAUCAUCUCACAAACACCGCAGGGGCAGCAGGGUCUCCUGCAAGCGCAGAAUCUCUUAACGCAACUACCUCAGCAAAGCCAAGCCAACCUCCUGCAGUCUCAGCCAAGCAUCACCCUUGCCUCGCAGCCAGCAACCCCAACACGCACAAUAGCAGCGACCCCCAUUCAGCCACUUCCACAGAGCCAGUCAACACCAAAGCGAAUCGACACUCCUAGCUUGGAGGAGCCCAGUGACCUUGAGGAGCUUGAGCAGUUUGCCAAGACUUUCAAACAAAGACGGAUCAAACUUGGAUUCACUCAGGGUGAUGUUGGGCUCGCUAUGGGCAAACUCUAUGGAAAUGACUUCAGCCAAACUACCAUCUCUCGCUUUGAAGCCUUGAACCUCAGCUUUAAGAACAUGUGCAAGUUAAAGCCACUUCUGGAAAAGUGGCUCAAUGAUGCAGAAAACCUCUCGUCUGAUUCAACUCUCUCCAGCCCAAGUGCCCUGAAUUCUCCAGGGCUGGGGAUUGAAGGCUUGAACCGUAGGAGGAAGAAACGCACCAGCAUAGAGACCAACAUACGUGUGGCCUUAGAGAAGAGUUUCCUGGAGAACCAAAAGCCUACCUCGGAUGAGAUCACCAUGAUAGCUGACCAGCUAAACAUGGAGAAGGAGGUGAUCCGCGUUUGGUUCUGUAACCGGCGCCAGAAGGAGAAAAGGAUCAACCCACCCAGCAGUGGUGGAACCAGCAGCUCGCCCAUCAAAGCAAUUUUCCCUUGCCCAACCUCACUGGUGGCAACCACACCAAGCCUUGUGACUAGCAGUGCAGCUACAACCCUGACAGUCAAUCCUGUGCUCCCUCUGACCAGUCCUGCUGUAACUAGUCUGUCAGUCACAGGCACAACAGAAACCACCUCCAACAACACAGCAACAGUGAUUUCAACAGCACCUCCAGCUUCUUCAGCAGUGACAUCACCCUCCCUGAGUCCUUCCCCUUCUGCCUCAGCCUCCACUUCGGAGGCAUCCAGUGCCAGUGAGACCAGCACAACACAGACAACCUCCACUCCUUUGUCCUCCCCUCUUGGGACCAGCCAGGUGAUGGUAACGGCAUCAGGGUUGCAAACAGCGGCAGCAGCCGCAUUACAAGGAGCUGCACAGUUGCCUGCAAAUGCAAGUCUUGCUGCCAUGGCUGCUGCAGCUGGACUAAACCCAGGCUUGAUGGCAUCCUCGCAGUUUGCAGCUGGAGGUGCCUUACUCAGUCUCAAUCCAGGGACGUUAGGUGGUGCUCUCAGCCCAGCCCUGAUGAGCAACAGUACACUGGCAACUAUUCAAGCUCUUGCAUCUGGUGGCUCUCUUCCAAUAACAUCACUGGAUGCAACUGGAAACUUGGUGUUUGCCAAUGCUGGAGGUACUCCUAACAUCGUAACUGCCCCUCUGUUCCUGAACCCUCAGAACCUUUCUCUGCUCACCAGCAACCCGGUUAGUUUGGUCUCUGCAGCUGCAGCCUCCGCAGGGGCCUCUGGACCAGUCGCCAGCCUUCACGCCACCUCCACCUCAGCCGAGUCCAUCCAGAACUCUCUCCUCACGGUGGCCUCUGCGAGCGGGGCCACGUCCACCACCACUACUGCCUCCAAGGCACAGUGAGCUGGGCUGAGCUGUGCUGCCAGCAGCCUGUUUCACUGUGCGGUGGGAUUGGCUGCCAGCGGGGUUUAUAAACUGAAAAUGUGAUGGGCAUCCUCUCACCGUGUUGCUGGGGACAAGGGAGAGAAGGAAAAAUAUAAAAAACAAAAGCAAAACAGGAAGGAUUUAAAGCUGGGACAGACAUUUGCCUAAUUUUAUAAUAAACACUGUCUUUUCAGGAUCGCUUCAUGGAUCGGAGAACUUUCUAACCAAAAAUGUAAAAAAAAACAAAAAACAAAAAACAAAAAAAACCACAAAAAAAGCGAAAGGACUACUUAUCAUUUCCAGCAGUCACAAUGACAAGUUAAGGUGGGUUAUCAGCUCAAACAUAGGAAGGGGAUUUCUUGUUUCUUUUUGGUCUAAAUAUCUUUCUUUUUUAAUUAUCAUUUUAUAGGUCUGUUGUACAGGCCAUUAUGUCAUACAAGGUGUUUAUAAUCGUAUCAAUCGUGUUGGGGGUUCCUUUCUUAACUGGUACAACUUAGGCAGGCCUGUAUUACUGGUGUAUCUCUAUUAUUAUUAUUAUGAUUAUUAUUAUUAUUAUUUUUAUAUGUAUAGUUUGGACGCAUUUGUCUUUUGCUCCUGGAUUAUUUUCAGCGAGCUCCCACACCACGGGGGGAGGGCGGGAGGGUGGAGAGGACGAAUGGAGCACAAAUAGACUUUCUGUCCUAAUCUUCUGGGAAUGUUCUGAACAGUUUCCUCAUCCUUGAAUUUGCCUAAUGGUUACUUGUAGGGGUCAGAAGAAUUUAUGUUCAUCAUUUAGGCAGGAAGCUCAGUGUAGCAGUAGAGAUCAUUGUGUGCAAACUUCCAGGCUGGUCUAUGCUUUUUAGGCAGAGGUAGGAAUUAGUUCCAAACUGCAGUUCUCCUUCUGUCAAUUAUUUAGAGGAAAAUGGCCAAAUUCUGCUCUUAGCUUUGUGUGCAUGGUUUCUUUUUACUUCAGAGAGUGGGAUUUGACCUCCUGGGUCUAGAUUGUGUGACAUACCGAUGACUGUUCUGUUCUAUUGAUUUGAUUUUGCUGUUAAGAGCAUACACAAAUAUUUUUAAAAUGUCAACUUACCCAAGCUAAUUGGCAGUAUGUAAAGCAGCAUUUACAGUCCUAGAUUCCCACCAGGUGAAUUGGUACAUGAUUUCAAAAGGUCAGAUUCUCCCUAUUCACAGCAAUAUUCCUUUUCUAUUAAUUCUGAUGCUUCCAACAUUGUAUUUAGAAAAACUUUCUGGUAAAAAAGUACUUCUGGCUGCAAAACACAGAAGCCAACAAUAUGAGAACAGAAGUUACCAUCGUUUAUGCCAGCACAAUAGAGCUGACUCUGGGGCUUUGCACAUACUUGGGUGAUCUCAUGUAGUCUCUGAGCUGUGAUGCUGCUAGCUAUGUAAAAACGGCAAUAAGCAUCUCUGACCCAGAGCGUCAGGGCUUGCCUGCCACUGUAACUAUCUUUUCAAGGUUGAUUCUGAUCCAUGUAGCAAAGGAUAUUUACGUGGAUGAGGAAGACGAACUGUACAGAAGUUAGAUCUGUAUAUUCUUAAAUAUACAAUCUAGUAUCUGAACCAAAAAAAAGAUUUUUAAAAAGAGAAGACUGGAUCACUGCAAUGCAGUUCACUUUGAACUUUCCAUUCCUGAUGGAUUUAAAGGUUUCUGCCAUGUGUAUAAAACUAAAUUUCUUUUAGCUAGCAAGGGUAUUAGAAGAGUCCCUUUCCCCCCACCCCCUUUUCUUUUGUCACCAGAGUGUCCUAAAAUAAUGAGCUGAUGCAGCUAUGUUCAUUUUGUUGAUAAUUCAGGGGGAUCCUGGAGCUUCUCAUCCAAGAUCCAGAAGGCAGCAACUUUAAACUCUACAUAUGCUUUGGUUUGUGACCUAAGCAUGUGGGAUUUGCGUUUGCACUCAAGUGGCAGAACCCCUUAUCUCUCCCCCCACCGCCGUGUUUUUGCUCUGUUCAUCUCUUACUCUCCACCUUCCUGUUUUACUGAAUAUUUAAACCAAUUAUCCCUAAAACUUCAAAACUAGUGAACUGCAAGCAGGGAAACUAACAAAUGUCCGUCCACCGUUUCUAAUGUGUUUUUGAUUUUUUUAUGUUUUAUUUUUUUAAAACUAAGCUUGAACCAAAGUCAAUUUCUAGCGAGCUGCUGUACUAAUGGACUAGUUUGUAUAAGUGCAGUUCAGAUGCAGAGAGGCGAUAGAUGCUACUGACAAUUUCUUUUUCAUUUGUCUUUUGUUUUUAUUAAUUUUAUAUAAAAGUUGCUGCUUGUUUUUAAUCUUUUUUUUUUUUUUUUGGUUGGUUGGUAAUUUGUGUUAUCCUUGGGGCAGACUCUUAACUUGAUUUUAAUUUGUAUUCUUUUAUUUGAUGUGUAAAUAGAAUGGCAAUGUCAGGGGAUUGUUAAUCCAACAGGUCCCACCCUCAUCCCACCAGUAUGGAUAAAUCUAAGUAUUUUUGAUGUGUCUCUAUGACUUCAGGCUGUGCAGGAGACUUUUAGGGCUAUGAAUAAUACUGCAGAAAUGGAAAUGGCCCACAGUAAUAGCUUCAGAGCAGUAAAAGGUAUAGCUGGGUGAGCUUCAGGGAGGUAAGGAAGAAGUGGAAGAGGAGAUGCUGGUACCCACUAUGUUGGUCUGGAGGCCAUAGCAUGGACUACAGUUUCUACCAAAGGAAUGCAAGUCCCUGGGACUUGUGUUCAGUGAAGUAAGAGGAUGGGGAAAACUGGAGCUAUAAUGUUCCUUCCUGACUCUGAAAGUCCCUGCUUACUUUCAUGCCUGUGCAAAAAUACGAUUUAUCAGGAAGGUUUUUUUCUUAAAGGAGGGUUACUACCGAUAUAUCCUCUACUCCUUAAGGGUUUUGUGGCAGGGUGGGGGGGCAUAGUCCUUGCGUAUAUCUAGGAAACACAAAGAAAGGUGGGCCUUAAAUCAGCGGAAAAUCCUCUCUCUACAGUUCAAAGAGACUGUGCCAUUAGCUGUCUGAAUGAGUUUUCAUGUCCCAUUCUUGCUGGUUUGUGGUUGGGAGAGGGUCUUGUUGAGUACAUAUCUGGAACACUAAUGCAGCUUGGAUGGUUUAUUUAUUAUAAAAAUCUGCUUUUUUUCCUGACUACCUUUGCAUUGGUCACAUGGCUUUGGUGUGAGCACCUUAUACCCCCUUACCCUCCUCCUCUCUACCCCAUCACCCUCUCUGGGGCCCAGAUUCCAGGGAAUUUCUUAGCAAGUCUUUUUCUGAGAGAAACUGGAAACUUGGAGUAGCCACAUAUCCAGAAAGGGCUUGGUUUUGCUUGCAGAAGCUGACAUAAUACCCAAACAGCACAUAUCCCAUGGUGUCCAUCACCAACGUGCUCUGAUUCAUUGUCCUAAAACAUCCCAAUGACUGACUUGCUCCUGGAGCCUGCUUUUCAUCCCUAGCAGUGUUUUGUCUCAUGGAUACUGGCUACCUGCAGUGUUUAGGUGAAAGGUAGAAAUCAGAUUGGCAGUGGGUGUACAUCUGCCUAGUUAGAGUGCAUAUGCUCCUUCAGAGCAUGAAAGGAAUAUGAGAUAAUGUACUAGAAUUUAGCAGAAGUUUGUUUUUUAGAUCAUAAGCAUGUUGACAGCAGAAAUUGAUGCAUCUGAAAAGAGAUACUAACAAUUGUAUACAGACCUAGUAAAUAUGAUCAGAAGGAAUUUCAUAGCAUGUUAGAAAAGAAUAAUAGCAUCUCUUUUUCAGAGCUCCAUGUCUUCGUAUUUAAAGAUGUGUGCGUUGCUUUUCUUUCAUAGUUGCAAGCAUGCCAAAGUACAUAUGCAGGAAAAGAGAAGGUGAAAAACUCUCUCAUUAUAGCCAAGGACAGUUAGCUCAAAAAGCGAGAGAUUUACAGAGACACAAAUACAGAUAUGCUCUGAAGGUCAAGAACAAUUUAGGAAAUAGCUUCAGGAUGAGGUGUUGUAGGCUAGUGACGAAAUUUUUGCUGAUGUUAAGAAAAUGUAUCCCAGUUUGGCUUUAGCACACUUGAUCUCCUCAGAACCUGCUCUCCGUAGCCACCAUAGAAUGAUUCAUGAACAGCUCAUAGAAAGUACCCACAGAUAUGGCUGCUUACAAGAGUCACAUCUGUCUAUUUAAAUCUCCUUAAGAGGAUUUAUUUUGUUUCCGAGUUAUUGUGCAGUAUGUUAGUCUAAGUACAUUUUUAUCAUGUUGCUCUGAGAUGGUGUGUAUGUGCAUGCACUCAAAAAAUUGUUGGGGAGAUACCAUGCUUGUUAUGUUCACAAGUACCUGAUUUUUAAGAGAUUUUUUUUCCAGCUCAUAGGCUAGUGUCACUUCAGUUAAUUUUAUUUUUUUUUUUUCUCUUUGGGUAACUUGUGAUGACGCAUCAUUGCUCUGCUACUUCUUAGGAUCCUCUGCUUCAAUAAAUAGUUGUUGAAACACAAAUUAAAUCGGAUUGAAAAAGUCACUUUACCAUGAAUGGGAAAUCUGUGCUCAGCGGAACCAGCAAGGAGAACAUGCUUGAAAGUUAGUUGGAUCUUCAUGUAGGAAUGUGCUGCUGCUGUUGCUCAGUAAUUUUGUUUGAGUGCUAGUGAGAUUAUCUUGUAAGAGAAAACUAAAAUGCCAGAACAUUAAGAGGAAUACAUAUCUUCUGAUGGCUCGAACUGUAGACCUUUUAGGACAUCAGAAACUUCAAGUUUGAAUUUUAUCUUUAAAUGAACAGGCUGACAAAGAGAUUCCCAGUGGAAACAUGAUGUAUUGGAGUUACAGCUUGUGAUUUUUGCACCUUUUAGGUUAAUCAGGGGAAUGCCAACACUGAGCAAAGAAGCUUUCUGCUGAUCUUAACACAUGAGAACAAUUGUCCUCUCAUAGCAUGAUUGCUUUCCAUUUGAGCAAGAGCAAUCCACUGCCUCUACUUUUACCCAUUAUUUUAAUUUUGCAUACUUUACAGUGAGCAUUAAAUGUAGACAAAAAUUUUAUACUUCUGAUCUUUUGGUAUCUUGCAAAAUCUUUUAGGAUAAUUAAUUCCUUUUUUUUUUAAAAAAAAAAAAAAAGCAUAGAAAUAACCAGUUUUGCUCAGGGGGCAGUAAGAGAAUGACUGUUGCCAAAACAUGUUAGAGAAAAUUCUCUGUGUGCAUCCAUGCCAAUGAUUGUGUGAGUAAUAGAAAAUUUCUUUUUUUUUACUUCUGUCGGAACUAUAACCUAAUGUUUUGGGUUGUUCUAAUGUUUAAAUGUCAUCUCUGUAGGCCUUGUGGUGUGCUUUGGCUCAGCACACAUUUCUGCAGUUGAGUUAUAUUCCCUCUUUCUUUGUUGCAAAUGGAGCAGAACACUCAUUACAGCUGGAACCAUACCACAGAUACUAAACCAAAGCAACAUCUAAUUUACCUUAAAUAUCAAUUGAUAUUUUCUUAGAUAAAAAUUUACUUUACAAAAUCAUCUUAGAGAGACAAGUAGCUUCUCAUGGUCAUUAGUGUGUUUUGGGACAGACAAAAUAGUGCAUCUGGUCCAAACUGUCAGUGAUACUUGGUUUUAAACCAGAAGUUCAAAAUGUAGAUCUACUUAUUGCCACGUUAACUUUAUUAAGAGUCACUGUUCCCUAUUCCUGUUCUACCUGAAAUGGUUAAAUGAUGUUUAUCUGCAGGGUAUACCUGUUGGAUGUACACCUGACUGUUGCCUAGGGUGGAGUGUUACUGAAGGAGUAAGCUAGCCUGCUCGCCCCCACUGGGUUUGCAGUUGUCAGUCCUCACACAGCCAGCUCAAAUUUCUUUAUAUUUUUGCAACCAAUACCUCUUACCUCUCCCUCCCUUUCCAAAAUACUAUAGCGAUACAGAAUUCAAGAUACAUACCUUGCAGAGGUUCUACCCUUUUCAGUCAUUAAAUCUCACUGCUAUUGCUGCUUGUGAGUCUUGCUCUUCUCUCCAGCAGGGAGACCCCUAAAAUACGUUAAAGAUUUUUGACAGAGGAGGCUUUGUCAUAAAGUUAUUGACUCAUGGUUUGCAAUUUCUUAAAAUGUUCAUAUCUUUGGCUGUGUGAUCUGAACGGCACCUGGUUGCCUAUAUGUCAGCACAAGUAGUUUCAGUGCUUUUGGAACAAUGAAAAGAAGCGACUCUUGUACUUGGAUAUCUUCACAGGCAAACACACAGAGUAAUGCAUGAAAAAGAACUUGAUAUUUUUUCAGCUUCUCUGUCUUCAUUGAAUCUGUCUGCCACUUUUCACAGGACACUUUUAGUGGGUACAUGCUCUGAGCUUUUACCCCCAUGGGAUGCUGUUAGGAGGGCGUUAGGAAGAUUGCACUGGAAUUACAAAUAGUUUGACUGUGGGAGAAAAGACACGUUUUAGUUGAGUAGACAAAUAAGAUCAGCACGUAGGACGUAUCAGGUGCUACUUUUCUGACUGAAUUCCUAAAACCGAAGCAAGUACUGGGCUUUGUCUUGAGGCUGCUUUUAGCUCUGUCUGCAAUACCUUGCUAAGAACCGUCCGUAACUGGAAUAAUCUGGGCCCCCUCCCUCCUUCCUCCCCCCUCCCUCCUUGUUCCUUCCCCCAUCUUCCCUCAGCGAAAGGUAGCACCAUACAGCUCUGAGAACAAUACUUGUGGGUAGCAGCUGGCUUCUGGCACCUUCAUAAAAUACCUCAGCAUAGCUUAGCAUUGUCGCAGAACUGGUUUUAAACUGAAAAAAUCAGAAGAGAAAAGCAAACUUUAUAAAUAGUGGAGAUAAUUCUAGCUGUAGAGUUUAGUUGAACUGAUGUUUAUUAUGAUUGAUAAACAUGAUUAUGCUGUAUGUAUUUGAGAUCCUGUUUAUAGGUUACAACUUUAUAGGGUCGGGUGGGGGCGGGUGGAUGUUGGGGGCAGAGAAGGGGGUUGACUGUGUUAGAAGGAAAAUGUUUGCUCAUGAAUUUUUUUCCUUGUAUCUGUCUUGCCAAAGGAAACAUUUUGUCGCUCCUGGGUUUGGGAUUGUUGUUUGGUUGGUUUAUCUGUGGUCUAAUCUGCAGCACAGCACGUGGUGGCAUGCAGGUUAUUGAUUGGGUUGCUGUUCAGGGUCCUUUUGAGUGUGCGCACACUUCCCUCCCUCUUGGCCUUUCCUUGCCCUUCGCUGGGAUCUAAAGAUGAGGCAACGCGUAUCCGCGAGGCUCGGGGGAAAGAAGAUGGCUGUACUGGGUUAGAAUCAACCUAGGUGGUGUAAAUCCAUUUCAGUUAGUUGAGUUGCUCCAGAGCUGAACUGGGUCCGUUGUGUUUAACUUCGGGGAGGGAGAAGAAUGGUUGUCGCAUCUUAAUCUAUCUGGGAGAGCAAAAGUGAAACAGGUUCCUUUUAUCCCCCUUGUCUUGUUACUGAAUGUAGGGCUUGUAGUGCUUGAUAAUAGGUGGAAAACUUUUUAAACACUUCCUUUUCUAAUAGCAAUGCUAAUCCUGUCUAGACCAAAAACUAUGAAAGAAAAAACCAAACUGAGAAGUGAAAGCUAACCUACUCCUAACACCUGGCUGGUGUGCUUGAAAGGGUUGAAAUACUGUGAGACGGUCGUGGGAGAGGAGCUUUGAGGGGUUGUUGGCGAGGGAGUGGGUCGUUCUCCUGGCAUAUGUCUUGCUGUUGCGGUGGGAGUAGCGGAAGAGCGAGUGGUUAUUGCCUUGGGGAGGGUGUUGCAGCCCCCUCCAUCUGGACCCAAGGCUCCCUUCUCGUUUCCCUUCGAGGCUGAUGGAGUGGGGGAAGAGGGGAGGGGUGUGCGUGGGUGUGUGUGCAAGUGCAUGUGUGCGCAAGCGUGUGCGCCUGGCUGUGUGUGGUGAUGGAGAGAGAGAGGUGGGUUUCUAAAGGAGCUCGGCUCCACUGGGGUGGGAGAAUUCCCAGUGGCCUCGUAGAGAACCAAAGGCACUCAUACGUUGUCAGCUCUGCUGUUCCCAGAGCGGGUAAGAGGAAAAGCUGGGUGGGGUUUUGUUGAGCUUCGGGUCAGUGUCCCUUUCUGUAAGGACCUCAUCUCUUGUGGGUGCUCCCACCUUUUCUGCAUAGAGUUGCUUUUGCUCUGUGAGGAUAAAGGGUGUGUGGGGCUUGCCCCGUGCUGCAGGUCUUAGGCUGAUGUUGGGAUACAGUCAGGGAAAACUGUUUCUUUCCUUCGAAUGUGGAAGCAGUGUAGUCCAAGGUCAGAGUCUGUUCAACAGCUUUUGCGUAUGUGGUCUUUCUCUUAAGGGAGGGACCUUGAAGACUCCUUUCUUUGCUCCCCAAAGUAGCCUUGUACAUGUUCAUGUAUAGUGCUAUUGGGCUGAGUUGUUUUAUCAGUGAACUUGGUGAGCUCUUGUGAAGAAAGGGAGGGAGGGAGAGGUGGGUUGUCCAGCUACUCUUCCUCUGGACACCAAUCGGGUUGCAGAACUUCACUGAAAGCUUUACUAAUAGAAUUGUUGUUCUGACAUUAUGUAAAAGUGGUAUUAAUAUUGUGUGACUUUUCAAAGAGCUAGUUAGAUUUAUAGAUAGGUAAUAGGGAUAUUGAAGAAAUGACUUCUCAAAGAAAAGAGCACUUGGAACAAAAGAAGUGGAAAACAAGGUGUGCUUUAAGGAAAACAAAUCUGAGGAAGGAAAUGAAACAGCUUGUGGGUAGGCGAGGGAAGAUGAUACCCCUUGGCGUUCCUUAGCACUGCUGAGGCUCAGCCCCAGAACUGGAACAUACCCCCUCUGCCUUAUUUCAUCUCUCUACCAAACAGGACAUUGUCAAGUAGCUCAGACCAAAAUGCUGAUCUGUCUUAAAACUGUGUCGGUCUGCUGGUGAAUAUUCUCUGGCAGAGCUUUACAUAAAACCGUAAGAUACUUAAUUUAUCACGUUAGCUUCCCCUUUCCUCCCAAAAUUCUCUUAUCUGUUGUAGGCCCCACUUCAGGAUUCAUACUGCCUUUGCCGAAUUUUGUAGCAGCAGCUACUUAAGCCCUAUUCCCUGAACGUGAGAACGUUGUGCGCGGAUGAAGCUGGCAUGUUGCGGUGCUAUAGAAAUCUGAAAUUCUUAAACGGAAGGAAUCCUAAGACAUUGGAAACGGCAUGCCAAGGGGCAAAUCGUGGAGAUCGCGCAACCCCCUUGAGAAACAAUUUAGGACAAGAGCACCUGUGACAGUGUCCUGAGAACAAGGCAGUUGAGACAAAACCUUUAGUUCUUCCCCCGUCCACUCUGUAUGUGUCGGCCUCUGUGACCCUGGUGCUCCCUGCACCCAAGCGAGUCCGAGGAAAACGCAAUGCGAAAGACGUGGAGAUCAGCGCCGCUCCCUGCGAGUUCCUGGGGAGCUGGACUGGGCCUCCCUGUGAAACGGGGAGGGGAAGGGAUCGCUGCAGAGCCGCCCGCGGGUGGUCUGAAGAGGUCUGGAGCAGCGCUGGUGCCCGUGGGGCGCCUCGCGUGCCAGCAGUCUGCGGGAAGGACCCGGGCAGUAACUUCUUUGUCCCCACCAGUGCUGUUGUUCCAUUUCCUUCCUCUGUGGUAGUAUCUAAGGCUAGGUGUGAGUAGGUGUGGGGUGUUUAUCCGCCACAGGUACAGGAGCUGUCGUAUACCUCAUUUCUAACUCGUAACUGAGUAACUUGCUUUAACUUUCUCCAAACCCUACAGAGUUGCCAAGUCUGCCCUCCCUCCUUUGAUUAACACUGAACUCUGGCCUAUAGCACCCCGUGACCUGCAACCUGGGGAGUGACCCCCUAACGCCUCUGAAUGUCGCUGCUUAAAAGCUACUGCAAAGUGAGGGCAAAUUGCAAUCUUAUCUUAUUUCCUUUGGUUACAAGGGGUCCUCUUGAUUAGUCUGUGAAUAUCCACUCCCUCCCCUCCACUCUCCACGGAAGAGGGCUGCCCAGGCUGCCUUUCCCCCACCCCGGGGCAGCUGCCCCCAGGCUGUGCUGAACCCCAGGGCCCAGAGGCGCUCUCAGCCCAGUGCUGUGUACACGCUACUCACUUUUUAACAUGACCAAAAAAAAAAGGAAAAAAAGAAAAGAAAUCUCCAAAUAUUUAAUUUUCUUCUUUAUUAUUUGACAAUCCUGUAUCCCUUCCCUGCUCCCCAACCUGGCCAGAAGCUGCAUCCUUAACCCGGUCCAUCUUUAUUUGAAUGUAGUUCCCCUACCCCUAUGGGAAAGAGAAGCUUUGUCAGGUCACGGUGGCUGCUAUAAGUCGGGAGGGGGCGGUUUCUUUGUUUUGUUUUGUUCUUUUAAAAUUUCCAGCCAAAACCAAAGAUUUCCUAAUGAUUGUAUAAACUCAAAACAAACAAACAAACCAAAGACAAAGGGUGUCUUCAGCACCAAGCCCAUCUGUGAGGCCGGCCUGGCUGGGGUGAGGGUCUCUGCCAGCUGCCAGCCUGGGGGGGCUGCCCCGGGCGAGGGGGCACUGCCCUGGGCCCUGGGCCCAGCCUCCGAAAGGCCCCGGGAAGAAACUCGCUGCCCUGGGGCAAAAUCUGGGGCGCAGGUGCUGGGAGGGAUGGCUGGGGGCUUUGCAGGUGGGUUGAGGAGCUGAAGACUUGGGUGCAGGAUUGGCUGCUCUGCUGGGUGCUUUAACCCUCUGGGGGCUGGGUGAUGUUGAUUAAUACACGCUGAGGUGCACUUCUGAGCUUCCCCCCUCCCCCCGUCACUGCUUGGAAGAGGCUGUCCUGUUGUGAGAAAUCCCUGAAAGAAGCAGCAGCUGCUUUUCAUUUCUCCUCUAGUUCCUUUUUUCUAGAUUUCUUUUAUUUUUGCAGCACCACUGUGCAACUAUGCAUUGUAUUUCUCAACCUUUUAUGCUAGGUAGAUGCCUGUGACUUUUUAACUUUUUGGGGGGGGAUUGCAAAUGGAGGAACUUUUUACAUGGAUCUUUUUAAUCUCAGUUGAUUGGGGGGUGUUUGGUUCUAGGGUCAUACAAGCUCUAUCCCAAAGCAAAAUCCAAAUGUUAAUAUUAUUAGCCUGAUGCAGAUACCAAAGAUAAUUUCUUUCCUGCAGAACCUUAGACUUGUGUAUUAAGUACGAUUACCCAGCACUUGCAUUAGUCUAACCUCAGUAAUUCCAAAGCUUAGAUGUAUAUUUUGGUAUAUUUCUGGGAUAUUAAAAAAUUGUCGUUUAAAUUCUUGUUUGUUUCAGUGUAAUGCUCUUAAAGUCAUAGCAUGGAGAUAACUGAACUUGUCCUAUUCUUAGUAGUUUGAAAUAAUAGUAUUUUUGUAUGUUUUGGGUGUGUCUAUGUAUGUAUUAACAUAACAGUUUUCACUGCCUAGGUGUUCAUAAAUUUAAAAAAAAAAAACAACAACUAAGGGUUUUUAAACUGUACAUAAUAUUCCAUGAGGAAUUUCCACCAGACUGCCAAUUUGGAUCGCAUUUUCACUGACGGCUGCUCCCAACUGGGAUUCUUUCUUUCUUUUUAAAGAGACAGCAUGUUCUUUUUUUUUUCCCCAUUGACCUGAGGUUCUUUCUCAGCAUAAAGGGGUUUUCACUGUUUUUCAGGGAUGGGCCAAAGAGGAAUUAGCUUAAAUUUUGUUUUAAAAAAAUAUUUAACAUGUUAGUUUGAAAACUAACCCUUUGUAUGAAGAAUUGGGAGUUAAUAAACAAGCCCUUUCUUCUAAAUCCGACAAUAGUUUUCAAAGAGAUGAGGAUUUGUGAAUGUCUGUAGCAUCUGGGCAGUCCCUUUUUGCUUCAUUUCUAAGACAGACAAAUUUUCAGUCUUAGUGGUUUCACUACUCUGUGCAAAUGCCUGCUUUACACUGGCUGGGAGGUUUUUUUUUUUUCUCUUGCCCUUCCUCAUAUACUGCAUUUAUAUGCUUCAGGUCAGCAGAACACUUGAAACUGAGGGCCGUAUGGGAAUACCUGUACCCAAACGCAACUCAAGCUUUUCUUGAGACUGAAAUGUGAGAGUCCCACACAUUUCAAAACCUUGCUGAUCACACUAGGGGUGAGGAGGAAGGCGAAAUGCUGUCUCUUUAAAGAUGUCCUUUAUUAUUAUUAUUAUUAUUAUUAUUGUUAUUAUUAUUAUUUUCCCAGUGGUUGCCUACAGAUAGCUGUAGGCAUUGAGAGAUUGUGUAGAUUACAGUAAAUCAGAAUGAAAAGGUAGAUUUUGUGUAGAUGCAUUUGUCUGCUGUAAUUUUUUAUAUAUAUUAAACUUACUGUAAUUGUACAGUUCAUUUCUGUUGUAAACAUCAUUAAACCAUUUUCCAAGUGUUUUAA